GGAUAAGUUAACCGAAGUUAACUUAAUAGACAACUAUUUUUCCUCCUGUUGAGAAGAGGAUCUAUUAAUCUUGUUUUGUGGGCACUAGUGGCUUACGUGGAGGAACCCUGACGAACAAUAUUAUAUUUGUCCAAUAACAGCAAAAAUGUCUCUUGAUGAAAAAUUCAAUAAAGCUGCAGAGGAUAUCAAAGCGUUGACUGCUAGGCCUACUGACGAUGAACUAAAAGAAAUUUAUGCGUUAUUUAAGCAAGCCACUGUUGGAGAUGUUAACGUUGCACGACCUGGAAUGUUGGAUUUUAAAGGAAAAGCCAAAUGGGAUGCCUGGGAAUCAAAAAAAGGCAUGUCUUCAGAUGCAGCAAAAGAAGCGUAUGUUGUGAAGUCAGAAGAGCUGGUGGCUAAGUACAGUGCAUGAUGUACUACUAGUCAAAUAGGGGAGGGAAAUCUCUUUUCUCAUUAUCUAGUGCUCACAUUGAAAGGGGUCUUUUUCUCCCUUACAUUUUUGGUGUACUUCUUCAAGGAUGAGAAUUUUUAAAAGUAUACAAAGUAAAAAUUAAAA